AUGAAAACUUGGGCACCGGCCUCAAACUCUAGCAAGUCGCAUUCUUGCAACCCAGCUCCAUCUGGCAGUGUUUUCGCAAGCCUCCAGAGCUUCAUCCUAUGUGCUCUCAAGUCCUGGGUUCUAGCCGGCUUAGCUCCAAAAAACCCAGCCGGAAAAUUUUAUUACCCAUGGCUCCCUCGAGUUUCUAGCCGCAUUCAAACCCGGCUGCCUUCAAGUCCGGCCGCCACUCCAACUUUUAGCCGCAUUCAAGACUUGGGUUUCGGCUGCUCCUUUUCCAACCCAUAA